AUGUCGUCGCCGGGGCGGUCCGAGGCUGCGGAGCAGACUCUGCUCGUGGGGAACUUGGAGAGCCGGGUCAGGGAGGAGAUCCUCUACGAGCUCUUCCUGCAGGCUGGACCAUUAACCAAAGUGAUGAUUUGUGAGGACAAAGAAGGAAAACCUAAGUCUUUUGGAUAUGUCUGCUUUAAACACAAAGUAUCGGUGCCUUAUGCAAAAGCUCUGCUGGAUGGAAUCCAUUUGUAUGGAAGACCAAUUACCGUGCAGUAUUGGAGGGGGAGUUCUCACUCACCAGAACUAGACAGUUGUACAGAUGGUUUUGAACACCAUAUUGACUUAGAUUCUCCUGCAGACAGGCAUCAAGAACUUUCUGGAAAUUCUCCAUUUCCUGUUACCCCUUUGCUAGUGAACAACAGUUUACUUCAUGAUCACCCUGGCUUUCAAGAGGUGGUGAGUUUUACAGUACAGAGUCCAAUGGAUUAACAAUUUCCUUAUUAGCUACCUUCAACCUUAUCCUUUUCUCCCUGUCAGAAUAAAACUGCACAGUUUAAGACUGCACAGAGUUCUCCUGAAUUGCCACAUCCAAGUGACUGUGAAGUGCACCAAGCGGAUGAAAGAAAGAGAAAAUGGCAAAGUUGUGACAAUGACACUAGUACUGAAGAUAAUAAAAGGAGACAAAGACAGCAUGGACAAAACUGA